UUUUUUUUGCCUAGCUAAUUUAAUUAUAUAAAUCCCCUUACUGUUUUAGCAGUGAUGUUGGUUUUAAAAUGACCAAUUAUGAUAGAAAGUUUUUUUUCAGUUUAUCUUAAUCAAAUGUAUAUCUAUGCAAGAGGAUUACACAAUUCUAGAUGACGAUUCUAGAUGAGGAUGUUGAUGUCAACGUUAUGAGGAUGUUCGUGUCAACGUUGACUCUAGUAAUGACGACUGAUAAUGUUGAUAAUAUGUUGAUGCACUCAAAUUAAAUCAGAACACUUAGAAUUGAAGGAAAUUUAGAGUUGAAGACAUACUAUUUUGAGCAUAGUGUCUAAUUCUUUUAGUUAUAAGAAUCUUUGGUCACUUCACACACUAUUUUCUAGUUCCUGAAAUUUUGAAACAAUGGUGUGUAAUAUGAUUCAUCUACUUGGGCUCUCUUCUUUUUCAUCUUUCUACGCCCUAAUUUUAUUAGUGAAAAAGAAAAAGAAGACUGUGCAAUUUUAGUUUAACUUUAUCAAUUUGAGCAUUGACAAAACUUCUGAAAUGUUGAAACUGAAACAACAAAGAAGAGAAAGUCCACCAAUAAGAAUUAUCCAACUUAGGACAAAAUAAGCUCUCUGAUCGUCUUGACUAAUAUUGGAAUGGGUGACUUUAUAGAUAUGGAUUUGUAGAGAGAAAGAUAUAUAGUUAGGGCACAAAAGUGUACGAUGGGAACCAACAAUAGGGUUGUGAGCUUUUGGAUUGUUUCAUGCAUCGGAUCUAGGAAGUGAUGUUGGUUUUAAAAUGACAUAAGAUCUUAUUUUUGACUUUUUUUUUUUUUUUGGUAAAUUUCAAAACAUUUUAUUGAAUGGGACUUGAUUGACUUUUUAUGAUGUAAUAUAGAUUUUACAUUUGAUUAUUUUGCUUUGGUUUUGAUACUCUUGUACCGGUGAAAGUUGUAGUUUGGUGGUCAAGGGAGAAUUACCCAUGAAUGUUGUCAGGACAUUGAGUCAGGACUCUACUUCAAAUAGCAUGGAUUUUCAUCCUGACCAACCGACGCUACUUCUAAUUGGAACCGAUAUGGGAGACACCUUGUUGUGGGACGCUGAUUUGGGGGAGAAGCUACUCACAAAGUGACAAAAUAACGGUAGAUCAUUAUAAUAUGCAAUCUAAACUAUCACUAUAGAAUAGUGACAAAAUAACGGUAGAUCAUUAUAAUAUGCAAUCUAAACUAUCGCUAUGGAAUUUCAGUCUUCUUUUAUUCUAAGUCCACACAUCGCAGUUACUCGUGUAAAAUGGAGCCCUGUCGGUUCAAAAUUUGGUUAGCUAUCGGCUAGGUGUGGGAUGUGGAUACUGCUAUAAUGUUGAUGGUUUUUUAAGGCAUGAGGAGCCUUAUUUAUUGUGUCUGUUUGAGUAUAAGGGAAGAAGUUCAUAUUAUACUUUCGGAUGGAAAGAUUACCCUCUGGUACUUCAAGCCAAGGGCACAUGGAUUGUUGUCAACACUAGCCUUCAGUGCUGAUGGGAAAAGGCAAAUCUGGUGCGACACAUAUUUUCGAAUGGAUUUCAUGGUUGGUCUUGAUACAAUUAAGAACAAGUACUUGGUGGCAGGUGAUUCUAAUUUGAUAAAAUUUUGGGACAUGAACAAUAGUCAUCUCUUGACGACUUCUGAUGCGGGUGGAAACCUACCUACAACGCCAGCAAUUUGUUGCAACAGGGAGGGCACAUUAUUGGCUGUUUCUGCCAAUGAUAACAACAUCAAAAUAUUAGCAAGUGUCGCUAAUGAUACUGGUGCCAUUACUGCAUCUGGGACCUUUACCAAGAGUACUUUUGGUGAUUCUAAUUUGAUAAAAUUUUGGGACAUGAACAAUAGUGAUCUCUUGACGACUUCUGAUGUGUGUGGAAACCUACCUACAACGCCAGCAAUCUGUUGCAACAGGGAGGGCACAUUAUUGGUUGUUUCUGCCAAUGAUAACAACAUCAAAAUAUUAGCAAGUGUCGCUAAUGAUACUGGUGCCAUUACUGCAUUUGGGACCUUUACUAAGAGUACUUUUGGUGAUUCUAAUUUGAUAAAAUUUUGGGACAUGAACAAUAGUGAUCUCUUGACGACUUCUGAUGCGGGUGGAAACCUACCUACAACGCCAGCAAUCUGUUGCAACAGGGAGGGCACAUUAUUGGCUGUUUCUGUCAAUGAUAACAACAUCAAAAUAUUAGCAAGUGUCGCUAAUGAUACUGGUGCCAUUACUGCAUCUGGGACCUUUACUAAGGGUGUGGACAAAAAUGACCCCGACAGAGAGAGGUGGGAAAAAAUUAUCGAGGAGAAGAAAAUCCGGCAUCUCCAGACAUUGGCUAUUCAACUUGCCAAAUUUUACCUUCUGAUCCAGGAAGUUACAUUCACUGCGGUAUCGAAUGGGUCAACGUGUAGGAAUGCAUGGUUCCCAUGCUCAUCUCUGGGGUAGCAGCCUCACCUUAUCUGGUCGCAAUAUACAUGGUUGAUAAGGAGUACCUAAAGAGUUCAGCGACACAAGAUGAAAAUAAUCUGGUCUAUAAUAAAUUUAAAAAACCAAGAGUGGUAUCUUCUUCAAAUUCUGUGACUCGGCUACAGCGAGGAUCUCAUAGUGAUAUGCAACGAGGUUUAGAUGCCAUCAGGUCAAGGCAACGAAAGCGGAAACAGUAUUUUGCUAUAUGCAUGAUCUUUUUCAUCAGCUUCGCCAUAAUACCAAUUUCCGGUUGCCAGUGGAUACUUUGCGAGGCACACAGAAUUGUGUCAGGUUUUGUGAGCAACGCAAGUGUAUAAGAUUAUGCACCGAAUAACUCUGAUGCAUGGAUCGUGUCCUCUUUUCCUUGGAGAAUGGUAUUCUACAAAUGAUGAACAUCAUCUAAACAUUUACGGUCUUUUCCUUGUUAUUUAGCAACAAAUGAUGAGUGUUAGUUGAUGAUCCUCUAUUAUUUUUUUCCGUGGUAAUGUCACUAGGGUAGAUGUAGUGUGUACAUGACCAAUUUUAUAACGAAAUAAUAAUUUAAAGCCCUUAUUUGUUCA